CUCCCCCUGCAGAAAACAGCAGAAUGGGACACGCUUGUUCCAAAGCUAGCCGGCAGCUGUCACAUACUGGAGGCAGCAAGAAGGCUAAGCCACGAAGCUCACUCUGUCGUUUAGGAUGAUUCACGGGGAAUUGGCUGUAAUUUCUCUCGUUCUUGCAGUGGACGGAAGCCACCUCAAAAGCUACGCUGGACCAGAUCAAGGAGACGGUGACCAAAUUGAUGUCAAAAAGAACAGAGUGAAAUAGCUCCAAUUCCACCUGCUGGAAAGGUCUGGAUGGCAGAACCAUUGUAUGAUGCUACUCUAAAGAAAUGUAAAGAAACUAUGCCACAGACACCGAUAUUUUCCAGCAUGCUCGGGACAGGAUGUAGAGGACAGGUGCAACCAGAAUCAGGCGAGAGGAAUGGCGAUCCUAUUUAUCAGGAUGGGAAUCUCAUUUCUGGAUCCCUGGAGGUCCUCAUCCAGCAUCUGGUUCCCACCAUGGAUUACUAUCCAGAUAAGACAUACAUUUUCACCUUCCUUCUGAGCUCCCGUGUCUUCAUUCAUCCUCAUGAGCUCUUGGCUAAAGUUGGACACCUCUGCCUGAAGCAGAAGCAGCAGCUGGAAACCGGGGUUGAAGCAGACAAGGGGAAGCUCAAGGCCUUUGCAGCGAAGAUAAUCCAGCUUCUGAAAGAAUGGACUGAAACAUUUCCAUAUGACUUCCAGGAUGAGAAAUCCAUGAAGGAGCUAAAGGAAAUUGCUCACCGGAUCACCCAGUGUGAUGAGGAAAAUGGAACGGUCAAGAAGAUCAUCAGCCAGAUGACACAAGAUCUUCUGAUGGCUCUUGCUGCCCGCAAUCAGUACCAAGAGAUCCGAGAAAAGUUUCGCCAACCGGGGUCCGACAAGGGUGCUAUCCUCAAAACUAAGCCACAGGCAUCCCAGAAGGACGUUCUGAGUGUGUGCUGUGACCCUCUGGUCCUUGCGCAGCAGCUAACACACAUCGAACUGGAGAGGGUAAGCAACAUUUAUCCAGAAGAUCUCAUGCAGAUAGUCAGUCAUGUGGAUUCCCUGGAUAACCACAAGUGCCGAAGCGAUGUUACGAAGACCUACAAUCUCGAAGCCUACGACAAUUGGUUUAACUGCCUCAGUAUGUUGGUGGCAACAGAGAUUUGUAGGGUGGUGAAGAAAAAGCAGAGAACAAGAAUCGUGGAAUUUUUCAUUGAUGUGGCAAGAGAAUGCUUCAACAUUGGGAAUUUCAACUCCAUGAUGGCCAUUAUUUCUGGCAUGAACUUGAGUCCUGUUGCCCGGCUAAAGAAAACAUGGUCCAAAGUGAAAACAGCCAAAUUUGAUGUUUUAGAGCAUCACAUGGAUCCCUCAAGCAACUUUUGUAACUAUCGGACAGCUCUCCAAGGGGCGGCACAGAGAUCUCAGACAGCACAUAGCAGCCGGGAGAAAAUUGUCAUCCCCGUUUUCAAUCUUUUCAUUAAAGAUAUCUACUUCCUGCAUAAGAUACACACCAACCACUUGCCGAAUGGACAAAUCAACUUCAAGAAAUUCUGGGAAAUUUCAAGGCAAAUCCAUGACUUUGUCACAUGGAAACAGGUGGAAUGUCCUUUCGAAAAGGACCGGAAGAUUCAGAGCUACCUGCUCACUGCACCUAUUUACAGUGAAGAAGCUUUGUUUAUUGCCUCAUUUGAAAGCGAAGGUCCAGAAAACCACAUGGAGAAAGACAGCUGGAAGACUCUCAGGACAACCCUCCUCAACCGAGCCUGAGAAUGGGGACUUUUGGAUUUUAAAGCACACUCUACAAACACUGUUUUGAUUUUUUUUUUUUUUUAAAUCCUGAAAGGCUUGGUUUGUGAAAAGAAGGCCUCACUGGUUGGGGUCAGUUUUGUAUAUAUAUAUAUGAUACCUUUUAUGAACAACUGAAAAAAAAAUUGUGCUCGAUAGUAUUUCACGUCAACUUUAAGGCACUUCAUGACAGUUUUUGGUCUUUUUUUUUUUUUAAAAGAAAAACUCCAAAUCAAGGGCAGGGCCCUGGUCUCAGAGAUGAAAUGGACUGUGGGGAAGUAGAAUCCGUGGUGAUGUCUUCUUGGAGGGCCAUCAAGAUCUUUAUUUUCGUGUGUGACGAUUUCUACCCAAUACUGUACAUGUACCCUCUUGCCAGGGAGUCGGUACUCUCUCAUUUUGGGGGGUCUUGCGUGUGCCUGGGACUUCCUGGUGAAGAGCGGAUGCAUCGUGGCCUUGCGUGUGCCUGGCGCUUUCAUGGUGUGGAGCGAAUGCAUCGUGGUCUGGCGUGUGCCUGGCGCUUUCAUGGUGAGGAGCAUCUAGAAAACACUGACCCAAAGAGGCAACCGAGUUGAUUCGAGGAUUACCCCAGGUUGAUUAACUACGAAACUUAAGCCUUUUGUCAAACUACACACCUGUUUAAGUGAACUGAUAUUCCCAUAGGCGUGCUUCUUCUCUGCCGCCAAAUUUCUAGCUAUACUUCAUAUAUAUAUAUUUUUUUCCCCUGACUUGAAUCUGGUAAAGGAGGCAUUUGCCUAGAGAAAUUUUUAAAAAGGGUAAAUUUGCUUGUCUCAAGGCUGCCCUGGAUGAGUCAUUCGUUUGCUGCAAUAUAUUCCAUACUGCCGUUCUUGCAGAAUCAUCCCAAUUUUUUGUUUCUGUGCCGCUUUAUGUAUUUAUUUUCCUCCAGUGACGUGGAGGGUGCUUUGCUUUUCUACUUAACACUAUGGAUGUACAAAUCCUUCAGGAAAUGUACAAAGCUGCUUCUUCCUCUCCCCCACCUUCCCGCCACGUCCCAAAUUGUUACGUUGGCCAUUCCCACCUCCACAAGAAUUGUGGUUGCUUAGGAAGCUACAUACAUCCGUGCACACAACUACAUAGAUUUCCUCCCUCCCACACCACAAGGGGUAGUAAUCACUUACCUUCUCUACUGGUUUGCAAAUGUGAGCGUGUGUGUGCACGCAUUCGCUUUGCUCACACACGCCAACUCCGUGCAUGAACAGAGCCUUCUGUGUAUGUGCAGAGCAUCAAAAACGGGAUGUGAUGAUGUGUGGGUGGGCGGAGCCUCCCACAGCCGCCGCUACCAGUUCACCAGAACCGGAUAGAACCGGCUGAAUACCACCACUACAUACCACCAUCCCCAGUGAAGUGGAAAGCAUCACCUGGAAGCAUACUCUGGAAUGCUUUAAAGAAAAUGGUUUAAAGAACAUUCAGUAUGGUGGUCACAGACAAGUGAUAGAAGCCAUAUCUGCACUGCCACACACAUAACAAAGAGCAGAGUUUCACUCGCACCAUCAUGGAUGCCAUCUUGACUUAUCUUACCCUAGUUUGGGGAGUCCCUGUGGGAAAUUUGGACAAAGAGGCAGCUGCAUUAAAAGGCUUAGAAGUUCCAAAGCAGCUUCUUCAAAGGUUCUGCACAGCCCUAUAUUAAACAGCCAACAAAAUCAAUUAAUUCUUGCCCAGAAUUUAAUCCUAAAGACAAAGGUGUUGCGUUGGUGGCUUGUUCAAGGAACUGUGUAGAAAAAAAAAAAACAAUGUGGAAAAGUGUGGUAUUAGAAGACUAAGUUAAAUCUUUCUUCUCCCCAGAUGCCAGGGCUUUCCGUUGGGUUGCUAAAACAAGACGACUUAAAGAAGUACACAAAAAGGAACAUUUCUCAUCUCCUGCUCCUUUUGUGGGUACCGCAGGCCCAAGAAAGGAGGUCUUUCAGGGGUGAAAUCCAGCAGGUUCUGACAGGUUCUGGAGAACUGGUAGCAGAAAUUUUGAGAAGUUUGGAGAAGCAGCAAAUACCACCUCAGAGUGGACCCAGAGUGGGGUCCCAGAGUGUGGUGGGAAUGGAGAUUUUGCAGUAUACUUCUCCUGCCAUGCCCACCAAGCCACGCCCACCAAGCCACACCACGCCCACCAAACCACACCCACAGAACGGUAGUAAAAAAAUUUGGAUUUCACCGAGGCUUUUCAAUAAAGGAUCAAAGUGGGCCUUCAUGAAAAUGUGGGUAGGCCAUGAUGGCGUGAAGGAAACGGCAAACUUCUUUGAAAAAGAGGAAAAUUGAAAAAAGAGAAAAGAUCCAAUUCUGAGAACGCUCUGCUGGCAGGGCAAAAAGUAGGGAGAAAGGAAUUUUUAAUCUCUCCUUUCUUGAGAUUUUAAAAAAAUACAGGUUUUUCCUCCCCCUACAAACAUUUGGUGGGAUCUACACCAUCUUAGAGAAAUGUUUUGUGUUGACCUUGGAUGGGAAUAGAAAAUCCUAGGACUGGAAGCUAGACAGAGAGGUUCAAAAAUGUCCCAAAGGUGGCAGUCCAAUUAUUAAUCACAUCUAUAUUUUUUAAUAAGAAAGUUGCUUGCAUAUGGUUGACCCAGAGAGAUUCCAAGGAGUCUCAGCAGACUCCUUGAAUUAACUCUCAGCAUGGCUUUUAAACCCGGACUGCAAACCUGCAAAAGGAUGGUUAGGGGGUGACCACGAGUUUACAGCAACCCCUUUGCUGCCAUCUGGUGGCCGGCUCCAUUUUUGCAGCUCAGAUGUGAAUGCCCCAUAUUUGAUCAACCCAAUCUUAGAAGCUGGCAGAACAGGGAAGGAGAGUGAUGUGCCUGUAAAAGCUUUUAUCCCUAUUUUGGAAAGGAAAUCAAAGCUAGCCCACACAAACACACCUUAUAAACUCCAGAAAUGCUCUCUGAAGGACCAAAGAUUGCAGCUUGAAUUAGCUUGUUGUAGGAAAGCAAGCCAACUUAAUUUUGAUGGGGAGCACCCAGACACAUCAUCUUCAGCCCAAUUUAUCCUAGAUUAAGCUUCCCUGUUGCAUUUCCCCCAUUGCAUUGUAGCACAAAGGAACUUUUAUCAACCGGAAACACAGUAUUGGUGCCCCGUGACCACGCAAGGAUUCUGUCCUUCCUGUCUCUGGCCUUAAAUCGUUGUUGUAGCAGCCUAGCUGCCCCCUCUCACAUCAGAAAUUAGUGCCUUACAAGGUACUGAAAUUGUUUAGCGUACCUUCUAUUACAAUUCUGUGUCAGAAAACAAGCAAAUUAAAACUAGGGAUGUCUCGAAAAACCAGCUAUCACUUUGUAAAUAACCUGGAGGAUAUAUCCGACGAAAUAAGCGUCUAGCUUUCUCUGGAUUAAUAAUGGUGCAGCAGAAAUUAUUUUUGUUACCAAAAGACCAUAGGUGAAUCGCUCAAUGUUUUAAAAAAAUUGUUUUUUGUUUCCCCCCUUAAGACAGUUUUACCAAUGUUAAGAAUGUUUUCAAUUUGCAUCAGAAUUUUGUUCAUCAGGGAUAUAAAAUUUGAAGGAAUCAUAAUCUUCAGCAAUGGCAUUGGGGUGAUGUUGACUAUUAUAACCCGUUUCCCAUAAAUACAAAAAUUCCUAUUGGUGGAUUUCCCUAAAUCUACCAUAAGAGCUCACAAGAGAUGUUGGAUUUUAUAAAGAGGACAAUUUUUUUGGUCUGCGAAAAAAUAAAAUAAAAAAUUGACAGCAUCUUCUCUUUGUCUUGGCUCCCAGCUAGUUAUACAGAUAAGAGUUAUCCGUAUAACCCAGUGUUGGCGAACCUUUUUGGCACCGUGCCAAAUCGGGACCGCGCACACACGUUUGCGUGCUGGAAACCGAAAGAGCAGCCUCCCACUAUGCAUGCAUGCACCGGGCAGCUGCUUUUCCAGUUUCUGGCAUAUGCAUGCACAUUGGACACCUGAUCUUCCGAUUUCUGGAACAUAUGCGCAUGUGAAGACCAACUGGCCAGGGCGCACACACACACCGGAAACUGGAAGAGCAGCCACCUGUUGCGCAUGCGCGGCGGGGACAUAAUCUUCCGGUUUCCAGCGUGUGCAUGUUGGUCUUCACCAGAAGACUUUAACCGGAAGACCAAAUGGCCGGUGCGCAUGCUCGUGCCAGAAACCAGUAAAACAGCCGCCUGGCACCAGGCAGCUGCUCUUCCGUUUUCCAGCAUUCCUGUGUGCGUGAAAACCAGCUGGCUGGUACACCGGAACCCAAAAGAACAACGGGCAACGGCUCAUGUGCUGGGAGAGAUGGCUCUGCAUGCCAUUUCUGGCACGCGUGCCAUAGGUCCACCAUCAUGGGUAUAACCCAAUACAGUAACUCUACAUUAAGAGUUAAAACCAUGACAAAGCUUGAUAGAUCUAAUUGUUCUGGCUGUAUUGUUCACUAGAAUUGACCCUCUUCGCUCUUGCUGAAUUCUUGGAUCCUGUUCCGGAAUUGAGACCACAUAUUUUUUAAAAAAGUUAUCUGCCAUGUUCUAUUUCCAUUAGAACUAAGUUUUAAAUGUGUGUGUGUAUGUGUAGUGUGUGUGUGUGUGUGUGUGUGUGUGUGUGUGUGUGUGUGUGUGUGUAUUUCAGUGCCUCCUGAAAUGUUAAUUUAUUUUGUUCUAAACAUGUUUUCUGAUCAUAGCGACUCUAAUUUCUUGCUUUCUGCGUUUUAAAAUUGCAUUAGUUUCAGCGGGAAAAAAACCCUUAGAAGUGGCCAUUCAGCCUGUGCAAAUAAAUGCUUUGAAUGUCAGAAGGUUGUGAAUAGAGGUGAUCCUCGACUUACAAUGAUUCAUUUAGUGACCGUUUGAAUUUACACUGAAAAAAAUGACUUAUGACCAUUUUUCACACUUAUGACCAUUGCAGCGGUCCUCCCCCCCCCCCGAUCACGCAAUCAAAAUUCAGAUACCUGGCAACUGACUCAUAUUUAUGACAGUUGCAGUGUACCCGGGGUCAUGUGAUCCAUUUUUGCGACUAUCUGACAAGCAAAGGCAAUGGGGAUGCCAGAUUCGCUUAACAAUCGCGUUACAAACUUAACUACAGUGAUUUGACUCAACAACUGUGGCAAGAAAGGUCGUAAAAUGGGACAAAGCUCACUUAGCAAAUGUCUCACUUAGCAACAUAAAAUUUUGGGCUCAGCUGUGGUCAUAAAUCGAGGAUUACCUGUAUUGCAGCUACUAUAACCUUUUAAGGCAUCCGUGUCCUUUCCUAGGAGAAAAUGUGGCUCUAUUAAAAAGUUUGCAUAAACAUGCUAUGUUCUUACCUUUGGCUUCGAAAUCCAAUUAGUUAGAGGGGGUCUAUUGUCCAUAAAUGCAAGCUAAUUAUUUGAUUUUUCUAAGUUCAACCAUUUUGGCUAUUUUGUAGUUCAGCUGUUGUCAGAAAAUAAAAAGCCUAAGGCUGUAAAAGGCUUAAAAAGUGGAUUUUUAAAAAGAACCGAAAAGCAGUUUGGCCAAGUCAGAGAAAGAGAUGAUACAGUCCCCAUGAAUUACAAUUAAAAAAAAGUGUGGGGAAAAACCCCUUGAAAGUAGCCAGUUCUUUUUAAAAUAUAUAUUAAUUCUAAAACAUAUGUCUAUAUCACCAGAAUUCAAUUAGCUCGUUGGUACUCUCCAACUAUCUGCUCAUUAAAAUUUAAAAAUUAGGAGAAACCCUUUUUAAUUUAUUCAAUAAUGGUUUACCAAUUUUACAUUUAUGAGUUCCAAAUGGAUAGCCAUUAAAAUGCUAUGAAAUGUGUCCAUAUGUACAUGGUAUAACAAAUAUUCCAUUCUUUUGAUUAAUACAUUAGAACAUCUAUCUAUCUGACUCAAAAAAAAAUAUUUUGCCAAAAACAUUUUGCUACUUGCAUUCAGAUUGUUCAGGGUACACAGAGGAAGCAACAAAAGAAACAAUAAAAUUGAUUUACACUGAUCAAAACAAACAUAUAUGAAUUUAUAGAACAAGAACGCCACGAAGGCAGACAGAAUUAAUAGCUCGGUUUAUUGGUUGAGCUGCUGCUAUUUUCCCCCGCUCCCGAUCCUGAAGUAUUGAUUUUUGAUCCCAGUGGGAGAAAAAUAAAUAUUUGUACUGUAUUAUUUCAAUGAGGGUUUCUUUUUCUUUUUCUUUUUUGCACUUUGAGGGGUCUCCUACUUAGGAACAUUGUCAAAUCCUAUGAAAUUUGUAUAUUUGGCUUUGUUGAUGUAUUUGAAAUUUACAACAGGAUGUUUCAAAUGUCAUAUAUGAGAAACACAGUUCCAGAACACAUGAUGUGUAGGCAUAUUUAAGAUAAAACAUAGCAAGGCUUUGAUAUGAAUGUGCACUCCAGUGGUUAUCCGAGCUGGUUCCAGUAUAUCCUUGAAUUAAAAAACGUGUGAUUCCCACACAAAUUCUCAAAUUCUACUCAUCCUCCUGCCCCUUAGGCUUUGGUUUGAAUCAUCCCUUCAAAAACAUCUGUGUUUUGUUAUUGGGAACUGAAUUGCUACAUAUAAAAAGCUGUACCAUAAGCAGGAUAUUCCGUGUUUGAGUUUGCUGUGCUUGCAUUAAUAAAAUCAAAAUGGCUUCAACCAGG